AUGGCUUCUCCCGAUGAUAACGACGUCACCGUCGUUGCUAGACAAUCUCCGCAGCCGCCCACACAGUCCUUCUUUCCUCACAGUAGCUACUACUUCUGUGCGCCACCGUACAUAUACUUCAUCUCCGGCGGCAACUUCCCUCCUCCUCCUCCUCCAUCAGUAUGGGUGUAUUACCCGCUUUGGUAUAGUCACCCUAACCCGAAUCAGUUUGUGUCUACACACGAACUUCCUCCAAACCCUAGCCAAGAGCUCACCCUUCCGCGGGCUAGUAGCAGAAGAAUUUUUGGCCGGAGAAGUUACGGACGAGAUAAGAAGCUUGCAUGGGUUAGGAAGACAUCACACGAAGUUGAAUCUAAUGACGAUCACAUCACCACCGUCAUGCUUCGUAACAUACCAAACCGAUACACAAGAGAGAUGAUGAUUGAGUACAUGGAUAAACACUGUGAUGAAGCUAACGGAAGUGAUAAAAAUGAUGAGUCAUCAAUCUCUGCUUAUGAUUUCUUGUAUAUCCCUAUUGACUUCAAGACUACAAUGAACAAAGGGUAUGCAUUCGUGAACUUCACAAAUGCAAAAGCAGUGUCCAAGUUUAAGGCUGCUUGUAACCACAAGCACUGGAGCCAUUUCUACUCAUCAAAAGUGCUUGAGAUUACUUCUGCUAAGAUUCAGGUGAAUGAGCUGGUGAGACGUUUCAAGGAUAUGACAUAUCCGGAUGAGGCGUAUAGUGCAGUAUGCUUCAGCCCAGCACGCAGCGGAGGGAAGACUAUGGUUCAAACCACAAUGGUCGGUAACGCACCGAACCAGUGA